UUGUUUCAAGAAAUGAAGAAUCCUUUGUGCUCUGAAGAGCAGGGACCUGCCUGGGACGUCCUAGCCCCGCUCCUGGAAGACACUUUGCAGGUGAAAGGCCCCGAGCAGCCCAAGCAAGCUUUUGUCAAACAUCUUGUCAGUGAGAAUGACAUUUAUAGGUUUCAUACAGUCCCUGAGGAUGAUGAAGAAGAGAAGCUGAUCGCUAAAGUUCAGGCGCCAGAUCUGAAGACUCUGGCACUCACAGAAAAUCAGGACGUCUCCACGGGGAUCAGGUUGGAAAAUUAUUUUGCCAGCACCAUGAACUGAGAGAUGAUCUGCUCUCCUGAGCUGAAAAGCCUCAUCUGCACUGGGAUUCCCCAUGAGCAUCGCUCCAAGAUGUGGAAGUGGUGCGUCAAUCUCCACACCAAGAAGUUCAAGGACUGUGUAGAGGCUGGCUACUUCCAGACCCUGCUCCAGAACCCCCUCGAAAAGCAGAAUCCAGCCUCCAAGCAGAUUGAACUAGACCUCUUGAGAACACUGCCCAAUAACAAGCAUUACUCCUGCCCCACAUCAGAAGGCAUUCAGAAACUGCGCAAUAUGCUGUUGGUCUUUUCAUGGAGAAAACCCGAUAUAGGCUACUGCCAAGGUCUGAACAGGUAUAAGACCACCAGGGUCUUAGAGCUGGAGCUGGAGGGGCCUCCCGAGCCAUCCAGACCAGUGUUGGGGGUGAGCCUGUACCACCUCUACAACUGCCAUCAUGUCUGUGGCACCUACCUUCUCUCAGGCCUCUUCCACCUUCCAAGAGAAAACCUGCUCACAGAUUAUGCCUCACAACACUUCAGGAGCCAUGAUGACCUUCCAGGAAACAAAACAAUUCCCAGAGAGAAUCAGCAAGGCCCAGAAAGCCUCAGCCUUCGACAUUCCAAGGCCUCAAGAGCUCUGGAAGAAAGGAUGCAGCAAGUGACUCAGCAGCUGGUCCAGGUGUGGCAUCAGCAAUAG